AUGCGCCCAGUCAAUAAAAUACAGCAAGCCACCAAUGUCUUCGACGUUUCGGCUGGUCUUCAACAAGAUUUAUCCAUCGAGGACGAUGAUCACUCCAAUGCUAGAGACACGUCGUAUCCAAGCGACACCACUACAGCAUCUUCUGACGAUAUCGAACAGUUGUCAGAAGACGAUCAAAUGUUCUUCGAAUUCUACGAUCUUGUUGUCAACGAAGAACAAAAUAGCUCUGCUCCAGUCUUUUCGCGUGUGCUGCUAGAAAGCAUAUGUGACCAGAAGCGAACCCUCGUGCGCGAUUUCGAUCUGGAAGACGAAGAAAGGACGAUCCGACAUCUUGAGUAUCACUUUUCGAGUGUUGAAGUCACAAAAGUCUGGCAAGACUAUCACAAGGAAGAUGUGCCAGAAUGGCUACUUGUGCGGUAUCCAGCACGUGUUGAGCUGAUUCAUGAGUUUCAUUCAAGAUUUGGCAAAUACUCACGGCAUAUUCAACUUCUCCAGAAAUACAGCGAUCUGGAUUCGGUUACGCAUUUACUUACGCCUUACUCUUUUGAAUCUUCCAACUCCUUCAAUUAUAUUCUACUGGAGGAACACAAGGAUCCAGGCGUCAUGAAAGCGUACCAUGUAGCUUUAAAGAUAGCCAUGGCCAUCUGGCUAGAAAGCGACGCGCGCGACCAGUUUCAAAUGAUCAUGUCAGCAGCUGCAAUAAUAUCCAACCCGAUUAAGCGAAUAGUUUGCUUUGGUCUAGGUCAGAUCCAGUUCACUGAUAAUGCAUGGAACGGUUCUGUCCUGCAGCAUUUAGCCGUCUUUACAGUCAUCAAAGUACUCGAGACAAGAUACAAGGAAUCAGGUCUGGACAAUAGGCCUAUUGACAUCUUGUUCCAGGACCCAUCAUACGAAAAGAAGGACUGGAUUCUCGUUCGGGAAUUACAUCGGGCCAUGGGUUGCGGUGAAAUCAGCAAGGUGUACUCAGUCACUGACCCGGAAGGUCUGCUCGCUGUGGACACCAACACGUUCGUUGUUACAGCUUUUCUCCCCUUCAAAGUACCGCUAAUGCAGAUCGUCGCAGAUCUGUUUGCCUCUUCUUCAGGUCCGGCUGCUUUUAUUUGCGACAAGAUGGCCUUGGAUACCACUAAGUGGUACUAUAAAUUGCACGAUCGUGACUCUCCCGCGGUGGCGAGAUUUUUUGCCCAACGAUAA